AUGUUAUUACUCUCCGUUACAUGAGAGUAAUACAAGGUAUAAAUCUUCAAAGGGGAUUCUUAAAUUCUGAGUUUUGAAGUCAAUGAAAAAGACCAUUGAACGAACGAAGGAUUCGGCAUAUGUAACGCAUUGAUAUUUCCAUAUGAAGAACAGAUGCAUGCGCUGAGAGAUAAAACGAGUAAUAUCGAAUUGUAAAGGAUGGAACUUUAAUUCCAAGCGCCCCUUCCAAAAACAUGAGUAGCGGUGUGGAUGCGGUAAAAAAGGAUUAUGCUAUAUCUCUUUCUAAGUGCAUUUUCCUAUAGCUUUUUCUUAUUGAUUUGUGCACAUUUUUUCAUGCAAUCAAACUUUACUCCUUUUAUAAUCACGGCGAAAGGUAGUCUUUUCGAUGUCAACUCCUCCGGUACUUUUUGUUUCUUCUGA